UAUGCAUGUGUCACAAUGCCAGCUAGGUCCAAACUGGCUCUGCUUUCAGCAACACAUGACCUCAAACUUGUAUGCACUCAAUGCUCUGUCAGAGAGAAAGAAAUUACAUAUUCCUUAAAAUCAGUCCAGCACCAGUGUUCACAUGAUCUCCUGCUCUGUAGAGCCAAAGGUGGCAGCAAAUGGAGGCCGGUUUCUAGAUGUCCCACCUUUCCAAACCCUAGUCAGUAUAUGACAUGUUGGUUCUUUGAAGAGGGCUCUGGCUGUACACGGCACCAAAACCGAUGCACCUUUGCUAGAAGUGAUGAGGAAGCAGCAGUGUGGAACUUUGAAAAGUUACAGGGAUUAGACCACAACCAUCUCUGCUAUCUUAUCGCUCAGUCUGAGAGAGGAUCUGAUCAGAGUAACACAUCUAAUCUCCUGGGUGACCUUUUGGAUUUAGAUUUGAAGGCUGUAUGUGAUCAAUGCUCUGUUAAGGAUAAUGAAAUAACUUACACUGUUGUGUCAGAUAUUCAUAAGUGCAGUACAAAUCAGCUUUUAGUCAAAGCCAAAACCUCUAACCAAUGGAGACCUGUCUCUGAGCGGCCUAAAUGUGGAGACUUUGGUCAAAAUGUCUUUUACAAAGCUUGUGACUUCUAUGUUGAGGGCACUGGAUGUACACAACAUGGAGAGAGCUGCACUUUUGCCAGGAGCCAUGAAGAAGCCAUUGUAUGGAACUAUGUUAGAGAAAGAAAAAUAGAUAACAACGAGUUAAUCAGACAUGUAGCUGAAUCUGAGCAUAUUUCGAUAACACCUGAAAGUGCAGCUGAAAGCAUACUCCAAAAGUUUUCAGGGGAAUUCAUUGAGCUCUGUAAAGACUGCUUUCAUGAUCGUCCACAUAAAUUAACGGUCAAAAGGUGGAACGCCACUUGCUCGGCAGACGAAGCACACACCUGGGACCCAAUCUUAGUUUACCAUCUAUUAGAGAAUAACAGAAAGCACAUCUACAGUCAGGUGCGCCCACUUCCCCAAAACUGUCAGUUUAAGUACUGCAGUCAUGUCAGGCAAGGCAAGCCCUGCUGGCAUCAGGCCGGCCACUGUGCCUCUGCUCAGAGCGAGGUUGAGAUGGCGCUGUGGAAAGCGGAACAGAGUGGGCUCUUAGUCCGGCCUCAUCUCCUUCAGUUGAGCCAGCAGGAGCAGAAAGAGUCCAGACAGGCCACCAUGUAUUGCAAAGUCUGCCUCCUGGACUUUUCCUCCCCAGAGAGCUUCUUCAAGCACUGCUCCUCUUUGGAACAUGCCCAGUUACUCUCUGAUGACACCAUUGUCAAGUGGAAAGGACGGCAGCCUCCACACAAUCGCCGAGCUGAGUUUUGGCUGUGUGACAGACCACAAACAUGUGAGUAUGGCAGCAAUUGUCCAAAAGCUCAUUCUAUGGAAGAACUGAAGGAGUGGGUGAUGCGUGCUGAAGAGGAAGAGGAGAUCAGACAUAACAUUGAAGCCCAAGGUUACAUGAGCUAUAAUGACAGGCUUUUGGAAGAAUACAAAAACAGCAGCAAUGAAGUGUACAUUAUGUCAGAACAAGUUGAUGACGUCAGCAUCUCUUGUGAUAAAGAUUUAACUUUGGAGUGUGAACACAUCAAGGCAACACUGCAAUGGAACGUUCAAGUUGAAACAGAGAGACAGCUUGUGCAUGUGGCGCUGCUCAAACAAGAACCAGGAGCAUCAUUUACACUUGAUGCCUUCAGUUUAGCGCCCUGCAUUCACUCCCCAGGUGAACACUUUCUCAGUGAUGACAUGACCUAUGACAUCACUGUAUCUUUCACAUGCACCAACCCAGGUCUGUAUGAACAGUGGUUAGUGCUAGAUUUUGACAUGAGACCAGUGCUCUUGAAAAAGCUCAGAGUAAGAGUGGGCCAACCAUCAUUGGAUGUCAUCGAACAACCAACUAUGACCCAUGGAGAUGCCUUUCAAAGUGUUGAGCGUUGGCAUCGAGGGAACAGGGUUAUCAUCCCAUGUUCCACCAGGAAAGAAGAACAGGAGGAGCUGUUAAAGGAGUACAAGCCUCCUCAGAUUAACUUUCUGUUUAAGUCCUCCUAUAAGAGCCAAACACCUCUGAAUCAUGAGAACUACAAAGAAAGCAUGCACCACUUUUUGUACAAAGAGGAACUGGCAGAAGAUCAGGUUGUUUCAAGGCUAAAUGCUGGUGGAGAAAUUAAAACACUGGAUAUGUUGUGCAGUCCAGAGUUUGGCAUGAUGAUUGCUCCUCCAGGAGAACUGUUCUGUUCUGUCUCAACUCCCUGUAGUCUCACACCUGACACCCCUGAGGGACAGGUACUGAAACAAAGCAUCAAGUCUGGCCUGAUAGCCCCUUUAUGUUCAAGUGGUCAAAACUCCAAGGUCUAUGAGGCCAACAUCCUACAAGACACAAGAAGUGAAAACAAAAUGUAUUUGCAACUGUCUAAAAAAUGUUGCUCAGAUCUUAUGCUAAAAAAAAAUGAAUCAUAUCAAAUGGAAGUGCAGUUUCAGCUAGACCGUGACAGCUUCUGCACCAUGCACAAGGCUGUAGACCUCCUUCCUGAUACAAAAAGAGUGCUACCAGACCUUAAAAACUGCAGUGUUCCUGUAAAUGGCAUUCGCUAUGAGAAGCUUAAUGUAAAGCAACAGUCAGCAGUCGACUAUAUCACUGGGAAUUCCAGUAUCCAAAAAAUUGUGGUACCACUCCUCAUUUAUGGACCAUUUGGAACUGGGAAAACAUUCACCCUUGCAACAGCAGCCAGGGAGCUGUGUAAGCAUCCUCACAACAAAGUGUUAAUUUGCACCCACACCAACAGUUCUGCAGAUCUGUAUGUCAAAGAGCACUUCCAUCCAUUCAUUGACAAGAAAAAUGAGGGGAUAAAGCCGAUUCGAAUAAAGGCAAACACCAAAAGUGCUUUGUUUGCCACAGAUAAGAUCACUUUGAAGUACUGCUUUCUUUCGAAAGACAGCAUGGAUUUUCUACCACCAUCAAAAGCUAUUCUAGAUUGCCACAACAUAGUCAUAACCACCACAACAAUGGCAAUGCAAUUUCAUGAACUGAAGCUCCCAGAGGGAUACUUCACUCACAUCUUAAUUGAUGAAGCCUCUCAGAUGCUGGAAUGUGAAGCCUUGAUUCCCCUUGGUCUGGCUGGGCCAAACACAAGAGUUGUUUUAGCAGGAGAUCACAUGCAAAUGGGACCAAAGCUUUUCUCAGUGGAUGAUCAUCACCGAUCAAAUCACACACUCCUUAAUCGCUUGUUCCACUACUAUCAAGAUCAAAAGUGUGAUGCUGCCCAAAAAAGUAGAAUCAUUUUCAGUGAAAACUACCGUUCAACCAAAGAAAUUGUGGAGUUUGUAUCCACCCAUUUCUACGUUGGUAAGAAUGAUGUUAUCAAAGCUACUGGAAAUGUUCCACCUCCUGCCAAUGGCCCUGCCCUAAAGUUCCACCAUGUUAGGGGAGAGUGUCUCUUGGACACUGUGUCUAUGUCUUCGUAUAACCAAGAAGAGGUUUCCACAGUGGUUGAAGCAGUAAAUGAGAUUCUCAAACACUGGCCAUCAACAUGGGGACCCAAGGACCACCGCUCAAUAUGUGUUCUAUCAGAGGGAUGCCAGGUUCGACUAAUUCGGACAGCACUUAAGAGAAAAGGCCUAUCAGAUAUCCAUGUUGAGAAUCUUGCAAAUGUACAAGGCAAACAAUUCAGGGCAGUCAUUAUGACAGCUGUGAAAACAUGCAACAGCCUAAGAACAUCUCACCUGGCCGGUCUGGAGCUCUUCAAUGAUGCCCGUGUGUUAAACACAGCAAUGACGAGGGCUCAGUCCCAAGUAGUUGUGAUUGGAGAUGCUUCUGCCCUCUGUUGCUUUGGGAAAUGUUCAGGAAUCUGGAAGAGUUACAUAGAACACUGCAUCAACAACAUCGGUGUUGCACCACAGCAUUUCACCAGAGAUUUUUUUGAAAAAGAUGUCAGGGAAUCUGCAAAAUUUCAAAAGUCUGAACAUGUGGAUGAGAGCAGCAUUCUCAGUGAUUCAAUUCUUCAAGAAUUAAAAGAUGGAUACGAACAACUGGAAAUAGAAUAUAGUUCAGACAAAGACUAUUCAGAAGGCUUCAAUCACCACAAGUCAAGCUCAUCAUACAAUACCACUGAUGAUCAUACAGAUGUUUUAGAGUUAUGUAAAAAACAACCAGAGAGGCACAAGCAAGGAAAGUUGGUCAGGGAAUCACAUAACACAGGUUAUGUCAUACCAUAUAAUAGCCCCACCAGACAUAUAAGCAUAAAUGGAAGGGCAAACCUGGGCAAGGCCUUCUCUGGAGAUGAAGUGCUUUUACAAGGAUCAAGAGUGGUCAGCAUCACUAAGAAAGAUGAAUCAGCCCGCAAACUAGUGUGUGUGCUUGAGGAUGAAGAUUACAGCAAACCAAGACAGAAUUCUGAUGACAAAUUUGUCAAAAGAUUGAUGAUACCUAUUACAAAAACUGCACCCAAAGUACGCAUACUGAUCAGCAAGAAAACACGAAACUUCCUUCCAAUAUGGGAGCAAAUUAAUGGCGAGUGGACAAUUGCAGCUAAUGAACGCCUUGAUGAAAGACUGAAACAGAACUAUCUAUUUAUGGUGCAAGUGAUUGGCUGGAAAGAAGAUUGUCCAUUUCCAUUGGGGAAAGUGAUAGAUAUUCUUCCAACUGGAAGAUCUUUAGUUUAUGGACUACAAGUCUUGAGGGAAGAAUUCAAAGUUGCACCUACUCCAUGUUACUUAGACAAGAGUUUCUCCUUGGCAGAUGAAGACGGCACACACAGAAAGGAUAUACGUGAGGUAAUCACUUUCACUGUGGAUCCAAAAAAAGCUACAGACCUGGAUGAUGCCAUCAGUGUCAGGGAUAUUGGAGACCAAUAUGAGCUGGGAAUCCAUAUUGCAGAUGUGGCGAGCUUUGUGAGUCCAGGAAGUAAAUUAGAUGAGGAUGCAAAACAACGUGGUGCGACAUAUUACCAAGGUAGGGAAGAACCCAUUCAUAUGUUCCCCAAAGACUUGAGCACUGGACGCUUUAGUCUUCUGGAAGAUCAAGAUCGUAGGGUGGUUUCAUUGAUGUUCAAAGUAAACAAGAAAACACAUGACUUCAUUGGAGAGCCUAAAUUCCAGCUGUCACUGAUCAAGUCUAACAGCAAGUUGUCUUAUGAAGAUGCAGAGAUUAUGAUCUCUGAAAGAUAUAGAAAGACACCUGAAUUUGAUUCAGUAGAAAACUGUGUCGCUGUGGCUUAUUGUUUUGCAAAAGCUGAAAGGAAGAGAAGACUGGAGAAGGGCUGGGCUUAUGCUCAACCUGAUGAUGACAGAUUGCUCGGGAAGCGCAAAGCCCAUCUGAUGAUUGAAGAGCUGAGUGUGUUAUUCAACAAAUAUGCAUCUGAGAAAUUGAUUAUUUCGGAAAAAGCAAGUAAUUGCACACCCCUUCGCUGUCAGGCAGAGCCAGAUCCUGAAAAAGUUGACGACUUCAAGCAGAACUGUGGAGAAUUGAUACCACUGUCUUUACAUGUUAGCCACAAAAUUACCCCUGAGCAACUAGUCCCAAACUGUGGAAACUUCCAAAUACUCACAGGUGUGUGGGACGAUAUCAAGUCAGCUGCAAGAAGAGAUGAUAUAGACCAAAUGGUGGAUCUCAUUGCAGCAGAUGACAUCCACCCUCUGCUCCAGCCAGUCAUUAAUCAGUUCAAAAAGUGCCUUAGCAAAGCCUAUGUCAUCCGUUCCAAAUCCUCCCCUGAAGCAGAAGUUGGCCACUACUCUCUGAGCGUAAAGUAUUACACACAUGCAUCCUCACCAAUACGGCGGUAUAUGGACAUCGUCUUGCAAAGACUUUUGCACUCCAUCAUAUGUGACAGGAAUGUCCAGUACACUCCAACAGAGAUUACAGCUUUGUGCAAUCAAUUUGAACACAACCUCAAGAAUUCCAAGGAGUAUGAACAAAAGGCUGAGAAAAUCUUCUAUGCCAUGAGCAUGAAAAAACAAAGUGCUACAAAGCUAGCAUUUGUUGUUAGUGCAGAACCUAACACAGAAAGUUUUGCAGUGUCAUUUCCUUUUAACACAAACAUAUUUGCAAGGAGUUUAGCAAUCAUGUACAAAGAUUUACAGUUGGAGGACCAACCACUUUUUGAUGAAGAAAAUCACUGCAUCACUCUUAAGUGGAAAAGGAGGAUCUAUGCAGCUGACAAAGUCCAAAUCUACCAGGAGAUGAAAAUGUUUUCAGACUGUGCUCCCUUUGUUGAGCUUCCACUGAAAAUAUGGAAAGACAUUGUUGAUGCAAUUGCUGAAGAAAAUUUGGAUCAUGCAAAGUCACUCAUAAUCAAUGCUAACACAAAACAACCAGAAAAAGUCAGUCAGUCAAAAUCUUCUCAGGUGCCUCAAGCCGAGACUAACACACAUACUUCUGAGGAAGACCACUAUGUUGACUGUGACCUCAAGUUGAAGCCAGGGGACACCCUUAAGAUCCAAAUGACCUCAGAAGUUAUAAGAGGUUAUCCCAUGCCUGUUGUUCAGUUGCUUCACAUUCGGCCAAAGUUUGAAGUUUGUGUGGAACAUGUCCACAGCCCUAUCACAUGCUUCUCCAGAUGUGCAGAUAAUCCAUCAAGGAUUUACUAUAGUGAUACUGAGGAGUAUGUCCAGAUCUGGAAACCAUUGUGUGAGAUGGAAUCUGCUGCCACUGCAGUGAGUGAAAGUAACAGCAUAAUCAUUGAGAACUUGGAAGUAAACUUUAAAAAGGAGCAGGAACGUAGAGUAACAGGAAGCUUCUUCUUACCUCUGGAAUGGAUUAAUGAAUGGGAAAUUGAAUGCAACCUUUCAAAGUGCUUCCUGUGCAUUCGAAAAAGAGGUUUGGAGUUGACUUCAAAUCUGGAACAUUCUGCACAAGUGGACCCAAGAGAGUUCACAUGGGUGGCACAUGCUGUCACAAACCCAGUAGAACAACGUAAAAACUCUUCAAAUGAUGGAAGUACAGUGAAGUUCUAUGUUCAUCACCUGCCAAUGGAGAACAUUCCUGAAUGUGUCUUUGAGGAAAACACAUGUUUCACAGUUGAAAUAAUCCCAAAGCUCCUGCCUGACAUACGGAAAGAAAAUGCUGUGGUCAACAUUCCAUAUGCAUGUCAUCUUGUCAAGAGCAUAGCACUUGGGAAACAUAUUCCAAAAGAAGUAAAAGCAAGGUGGCAUGCCGUGAAGAAACAGCUACCAUAUGGAAUGCCAGAGCUUAACCAGAGUCAGAAAGAAGCUGUGGACAAAGCUCUAAAUAACACGUUCACAGUAAUACAGGGACCACCUGGAACUGGAAAGACAGUAGUGGGUGUCUACAUAGUGUACCAUUUCUUUGAGCUGAACUCUAAGAACAAAAGGAAGUAUGUUGACCCAAAGGAUGAGAACAAGAAACAAGUCAUUCUCUACUGCGGACCGUCCAACAAGUCUGUUGAUGUUGUUGCAGAGUACCUGUUGAGGUUUGGGGACAGCCUGAAACCCCUCAGAGUCUAUAGCCAACAAGUGGAGAUGCUGGACUACCCUUAUCCAGACUGCACCCUUCAGUUUUCUUGUAGCACAUUCCGCCAAGAACGUGCCAAACCAGAACUCAGGAGUAUCACUCUUCAUCACCGCAUGCGAGAGGAACAAAAUCCUCAUUCAGGUCAAAUAAAAGAUUUUGACAGACGUAUUCAACUUGCCCUCGCCAAAAAAGAACAGCUGACUGCUCAAGAGGUGAAAGAGUACAAAAAGCUUCUCAGAGAUGCUCGGACAUAUGAACUUGAACGGCAUGACAUCAUACUGUGCACAUGUACACAGUCUUCCUCACCAAGCCUGACUAAGACAGUCACUGCACGUCAGAUCCUCAUUGAUGAAUGUGCAAUGGCCACUGAACCCCAGGCCAUGAUUCCAUUAGUCUGCAACAAUCCAGAAAAGAUUGUUUUGAUUGGUGACCACAAACAGUUACGACCUAUUGUGAGGAAUGAGCGUGUGAGGAAACUGGGGAUGGCUAAGUCUCUGUUUGAACGCUACUAUACAGUCCAUAAGAAGAGGGCAGUGAUGCUGGAAACACAGUACAGAAUGCAUGAGGACAUAUGUGAGUUCCCAUCAAAUGAAUUUUAUGAGGAAAAGCUGAAAACUGGUGUGGAGCAGCCAAGCAGUGUCCUACGUGUUGGUAACAGAACGAUGCCAAUCGUUUUUGGGCACAUCAUAGGAAAGACCAUCAGUCUGGUUGUGAACACAGCCAAGGGCAACGAGAACUCUAAAGCAAACCUGGAAGAGAGAGACAAAGUGAUUGAGAUAGCUGAAAAGCUGGUGGUGGAUGCCAAAGUCAAACAGCAGAGUAUUGUGAUCCUGUCGCCCUAUAAUGCCCAAGUGUCAGAAAUCAGAGAUGAGCUGAAGAAGAAGAAAAUGGAUCAAAUCACUGUUACCACAAUCACGAAAAGCCAAGGAAGUGAAUGGCGUUAUGUCAUCUUAUCGACUGUGUGCUCUUUGCCAAGUGAAGAGAUUCAGAGGGAACCAAAUGGACCCUGGCUGUCCAAACAUAUUGGCUUUGUAGGUGAUCCAAACCAGAUCAAUGUGGGCAUCACCAGGGCCAAGGAAGGACUGUGCAUCAUUGGGAACCAAGAGUUGCUCAACUGCAGUAACACUUGGAGAAAGCUCCUGCAACACUACAGGCUUCACAACGCAGUGACAGAUGCAGACAAGAUUUCAGUGCAAGGUGCCACAUAGCUGAUCUCCUUUAUCCAUGUGAAGAGACUUGAUUUCUACAAGCCAUAGAUCAGAACUCUUACACUGACUCAACAGCAUGAUUUCAUAAAAUAUGUAUAUUUCAUGUUUUUCUAUGAUACCGCAAUAACUUUUAUUGCAAAAUAACUGUUUUGUUUUACAGUUUUAUAGCAGAUUUUGGGGGUUUGUUAUUGUAUUUGAUCAUAAACUGUAUGUAUUUGACACAGUUGUUUUUUGUUUUCUAAUUUACACACCUGUUCCUCUUUUUAAAAAUGUGUAUGAAUCUGUAAAUAUGGAAUCCUUCAACGACUGUUUCAACUGUGUCUGUAUUUUUUGUCUGAGAAUUUAAAUCUGGAUCUUUUAAUUCAUUUUUAUUUUUAGUUGAACUAGUGAAUGUAGUGUAGUUUAUGAAAUCACAUUCAGUCAUUGUUUCUGUAUACUGAUGAGUCAGCAUGUGUUUCUAUUGCAGGACAGCUGAUCUUAACUGUUCAGCUGCCUCACCAUUCAAUGAGCUGAGUCUGCAGCUUUUUCUUAUGUUUUACUUCCUAUAAUAUUGUUAUUGAUACAUUUUAAUGUUGUAUAUUCAGGGAGUAGCUUUGGCUACAGAAUUGUUUAUAAAAACAUUUUGGAUUGUGCCACAUUUCUAUUAUCCUUUAAUAUUGUUAUUGAUAUGUUUUAAUGUUGUAUAUUCAGGGAGUAACUUUGGCUACAGAAAUGUUUAUAAAAUGUUUUGCAUCGUGGUACAUUUUUUAUUGUUUUAUUGAUGAGCCAUUUCUCCAUUCAGUGAUUUGAAUAAAUGUGUAAUG